AUGGAGGUGGUGAUGAUGGUGGCGUCCGGUGCUAGGCACGGCGGUUGGCGGUGGUGGGCACGGCUGCGCAGCUGUUCGGGGCAGGGAGGGGAGAAGAGGGGUGGUGUUGCUAGUGGAAGGGGGGUUGUGGUUGGGACGGUUGGCGGCGGUGGGUGGUGGCGCGGAGGAGCAGUGGCGGAGGAGGGGGGAAAGGGAAGAAAGAAGAAAGAAGAGAAGAAUGGGGGAGGGGGUGGUGCGGCGGUGGGGUCUGGGUGGUUGACGGGGGACGGCGGUGGUCGGAGAUGGUGGUUGGGUGGUUGUUGUGAUCGGAGAAGAAGAGAGGGAGGAGAGGGUUUCAGGGGGGCUGCACGAAUGUAG